CACCAGCUUCUGUAUCUGUAUAGCCGGUAUAACCAGCCUUCGGCGUAACACACCAGCUACAAGAGUCGGACAAGAAGGCAUCUGGUAUUAGCGUUUUAGCCAUGCUCUUCGCUCUAGCCAUGGAUGCUGUGAAGGCGGCGGUAGGUGUUCUCGACCUCAGCACGGUUCUAGUCCUUGUGGUGUCGUUCCUCGCGACGGUUGUGUUACUCGGGCGGUCGAGGCGGCGUGGACGUCUCCCGCCCGGCCCCCGACCCUGGCCGCUGAUCGGGAACCUUCCCAGCCUCACGGCACACCCGCAUCGGAAGUUCACGGAGUGGCGGGGGAGGUACGGCGACGUGUACACCGUCAGGAUGGGUCCCGACGACGUGGUGAUCGUGAACGGGUGGGACGCCGCGCGGGAGUCCCUCGUCAGGCAGGCCGACGACUUCGCCGACAGACCCCGCCUGUACGUGUUCGACCGGCUAUCACACGGAGGGAAAGGAGUGAUCUUCGGUCAAUACAACUUGGCGUGGAAGGCCAACCGGAAGUUCGUGACGACCACGUUACGUGAGUUCGGUCUGGGGAAACAGUCCAUGGAGACCCGCAUACAGGAGGAGGCACGGGAACUCUGUAACUGGCUGGGGAGUUACGAUGGGCGUCCACUAGACACGGGUCUCCUGGCCAGCGCCGCCUCUAACGUCAUCUGUUCGGUAGUGUUCGGGUCUCGGUUUCCGUACGAACACGAAGACUUCCGACAGAUGAUGGCUCUGCUCGACCGCGGGCUGCGCCUGUCCAUGGUCGGCCAAAUCUUCAACAUGUUUCCCUGGGCCAGGUUCGUGCCUUUCCUGUCCAACCUCGGCAACCAAGUCAUCGACAACUGCGACCAAAUCGACGAAUUUCUAAAGAAGAUCGUGAAGAAACAUAAAGACAGUUUCGACCCAGAGACGAGAAGAGACGUCAUUGACGCGUAUCUACACCAAAUGUGGCAGGGCAUGGACUUGAACUCGAAUGACCUCGCGGACAAGUUCAGCGAGGAGCACCUUGUUGCGCUGAUGUUUGACCUGUUCGUGGCGGGAACGGACACGACGGCGAGCACGCUACGCUGGGCGCUGCUGUUUCUGGCGACGCAUCCGGACGUUCAGAGCAAGGUUCAGGAGGAAGUCGACCGGGUAGUUGGUCGGGAGACGCCUGUGUCCCUCGCGCACCGCCCGGACUUGCCGUACACCGACGCGGUGCUACACGAGGUCCUGCGGAUGCGCUCUCCCGCAGCGCUCAGUCCCCCGCACAUGACGGGAACUGAUGUCACUCUGAACGGCUACGAUAUCCCGCAAAAUACGCAGGUGUACAUUAACCUAUGGUCCCUCCACAUGGACCCCGCGUACUGGCCGGAUCCGGAGCGGUUCGACCCCACACGGUUCAUCGGGAGUAACGGGAAGGUUCUACCCAACCCGCCAUCGUACGCGCCGUUUAGUCUGGGGCGACGGGCUUGCGCUGGCAAGCAGCUGGCGAAGUCGGAGACGUUCCUGUUUCUGGUCUCCAUGGUGCAGCAUUUCAGCUUCAAACUGCCAGAAGGCGCUGCUGCUCCACCCAUGGAUGGCGUCAUGGGGUUCGCUCUCGCUCCGCCGCAGCACAGCCUUUGUGCUGUCAGUCGAGAUUAGAUAUACUAUAUGUU